AGAGAAAAAACGCCCAGUCGCAGAUCGGACCUCAGGGAGAGAGUACUGCCUCGAACUGAUUCACAUUACAGGAGAAAAGAAAGUGUAUUCAACGCACUCUUCCUCACGGAUUAACACAGAAACAGAUAAAAAGAACAUCAUGGGAGGCAAGCUAAGCAAACGGAAAAAGGGAUACGAUGUCAAUGACCCUAAGGAGAAGAAAGAGGAGAGUGUUGGGGCAGCAGUUGAACCAGCUGAGAAAAAGGCAGAGAGCCCUGUGACUGAGUCGGAAGCUGCACCUCAGGAGGCUGCUGCAGUAAGUGCAGCUCCACCAGUGGUAGAGUCUGAGGCACCAGCAGAGUCUGCCUCUCAUUCAGCAGCACAACCAGAGGUGAAGAUGGAUGAUGCCGCACCAGAAAAACCAGUGGCUAAAACAGAGGCAUCUACAGCUGCACCCAAGGAACCAGAAAGUGCUCCAGAGAAACCAGCAGCUGUACCAGAGUCACAAGCAGCAGAGGUACCAGCAUCUGCAUCAGAGGCAACAGCAGUAGAGGCAACAGCUGCUACACAAGAAGAACCAGCAGCAGAGGUACCAGCAGCUGCAUCAGAGGCAACAGCAGCAAAGGUCACAUGUGCUACACAAGAGAAACAAGCAGCAGAGGUACCAGCAGCUGCAUCAGAGGCAACAGCAGUAGAGGCAACAGCUGCUACACAAGAAGAACCAGCAGCAGAGGUACCAGCAGCUGCAUCAGAGGCAACAGCAGCAAAGGUCACAUGUGCUAUACAAGAGAAACAAGCAGCAGAGGUACCAGCAGCUGCAUCAGAGGCAACAGCAGUAGAGGCAACAGGUGCUACACAAGAUAAACCAGCAGCUGCAUCAGAGGCAACAGCUGCUACACAUGAGGAACCAGUAGCAGAGGCAACAGCAGCUGCAUCAGAGGCAACAGCAGUAGAGGCAACAGGUGCUACACAAGAGAAACAAGCAGCUGCAUCAGAGGCAACAGCUGCUACACAAGAAGAACCAGCAGCAGAGUCAACAGCAGCUGCAUCAGAGGCAUCUGCAUCAGAGGCAACAGCUGCUACACAAGAGGAACCAGCAGCAGAGGAACCAGCAGCAGAGGUACCAGCAGCAGAGGUACCAGCAGCUGCAUCCGAGGCAACAGCUGCUACACAAGAGGAACCAGCAGCAGAGGAACCAGCAGCAGAGGUACCAGCAGCAGAGGUACCAGCAGCAGAGGUACCAGCAGCUGCAUCCGAGGCAACAGCUGCUACACAAGAGGAACCAGCAGCAGAGGUACCAGAAGCUGCAUCAGAGGCAACAUCUGCUACACAAGAGGAACCAGUAGCUGCAUUAGAGAUACCAGCAGUGGCACCAGAGGUAUCAGCAGCCAAGGAACUUGCAGAUGCACCAGAAGCAUCAGCAGCCGAGGACCCUUCAGCUACACCUGAGGAACCAGUGACAAAAGAACCUGCAGCUGCACCAGUAGAAGAGGAAUCUGCAGCUGCACCUAAGGCACCAGUGACAGCGAACCCUGUGGCUGCAACAGAAAAACCAGUCGCUGCGCCAGAGAUACCAGUGACAGAGGAACUAGGACCUGAGCCACCUGCAUCUGCACCUGAGGAACAUGCAACUGUCCCAGAGGCUGAGGAUUCUGCAGUUGCACCCAAGGAUCCUGCACCUGUGCUAGAAGAGCCUGUAUUGUCACCUAAACUUGAAGCUUUGCCAGUGGAACCUGUCACAGAGAAAGCAGUGGAGAAAGUGGUUGAGGAGGCUGAAAAUACCAGUGAAUUGUCCACCGAAAUUACAGACACCACUGAGGUUACACCAGAACCAGAGACUGUUACUGAGGCAGCAGCUCCAGAGCCAGUCGCCAUGUCUGCCCCAGUGUUUGAACCGGUCUCCAAGGAAUUGAGUUCAGAGGUUGAGAUGACUGUGCCUUCGCCAGAGGAACCCACACCAGUCACAGAACCUGAAUCUGAAACUGCUCCACCCCCUGAGGUUACACUAACACAAGCAAGUCCUGAGCCAUCCCCAGAAGAGCCAACACAACCCGAGCCUAUGGCAGAACAAAAGAGUGCAGAUGAGUCCAUUCCUGCAAUCGUCAUCUUAGAAUCAACCUCAACCAAUGAGCUAUGCCUUGAGGAACCUGCCUCAACUGUCACAGAUCUGAAGCUGAAUAAUGGAGACUGUGAGAGUGCUGGGUCAGCAGAGGAAUCUGUGUCGACUCUCCCUGAGGUAAAUGGAGAAUGCCAUGAGCAAGCACCAGACAUAGCCCCUACGGAGGUCUUUGAGUCCCCAGUUGAGGCAUGUAUAAAUGGUGUGAAGGACAAAGAACCCCCUCAAGAGCUAAGUGACUGUGAACUGAAAAAGGAGUUGAGUUUGGGUGCUGACUUUCAGGGUCCAGCUCCAAUUGGCGACAUGGUAGAAGUGCCACAGUGAGUCAGCUGAGCUGUCGACCUCAUUUGAGAAAACACCUUCAAAUGUGAAUUCCAUAUUGAUGCAAACAAAAAAGUGAAACAAUCGCCUGACAACACAGGCUUUUUGAAAAAUAAAUGUGAAAAAUGCCUGUUGGUUCUCUCAGGCAAAAGAAUUUCUGGUUAACCAAAAAAAAAAAAAAAUACAACCACCCAAGAGCUAAGAUUGUGAGAAACAAAGAAUUAAACAGUGAGGGGAAAAGCCUUAAAGGAAAUGGGAGGGAGAGACUGAGAGAGCGAGAGACAGAGAAAAAGAGAGCGCAUGGUCUUUGAAGUCUUUGUGGUCGGUGUCCUGCUGUCAUUGCAGAGGGUGAGCUUACAGGCUUGGUUAAAUAUGUAAGCCACAGAAAUGAUGAUUAGACGUGAACAGAAUUAGAAAAAAGUACAUUAAGAUGGCAGAACAGAAAUGCUGGACAGUAACAAUGGUAAAAAUGAAUGAACAGAAUCAAAUUUUGUGUGUGAGACUGAUCCAUAUUGAAAUGGUUUAUUGGAUUAGCAUUUAAUAGUACCAAAUCUAAUUUAGACUACAUUUCUGUAUACUGAGAUUUGAGGAUGAAGCAUUUUGAACUUUUCAUGUUGGUAGAAUCAGUGGGGAAUGUUCAUUUCAACUUAAUGGCUUGGAAAAUAAAAUAAAACACUGUUAUACCUUAAAAA